AUGGAGAAACAAAAACUCCUCAGCGAGCAACAAGACCCGGAAGACACAGUACCAAAUCUGAACGCCUACCAUGACGAAACCGACUCCGUUGACUACACUCCCGAUGUGAUAUCGAAGCGCAAGGCGAGGCGCAGCCGCAUCUGGUCGGUCGUGAGAAAGGCGGCGUUCAUCCCGGCGGCCGUCGCGAUCUUCUACCUCGGACGCGCAACCCACGACAUGACGCCGUCCAGACCUCCCGAGCCUGUGUCUUUGGGCAAAUGCUCGCCCGACUGGAAAGAGUCGAAGGCUCGCGGAUGCGUGUACGACUUUAUGCUUUCGACGUGGAUGCACCCAAAGUGCUUCAACGAGGAGAUGCAUGAGCGGUAUCUCGGGUACAUGAAGUGGAGGAACACGACGUUCUGGUACGAGAGGGAGCGAAUCAAUGAGGUGCCGUUUGAUGUCGCGGCGAAGGGGGAGCAUGGGGAGAUUUUCACGGACGGCACCGUCCAUCACAUGCACUGCAGUUACGUGUGGGACAGGAUCACGUAUGCUUCUCACUUCAAACCGAGAGUAUUGGAUUCUCUUUGCAGAGACCCGAAGCAUGUGGAGCAUUGUAUUCUGUACAAUGGGAUUCCGCAGUCUUGGGAGAUCGACUUGCCCAAUAUCACGAGGGUUUACAACGAGCCUCAUGAGGUUGACUGCUUGAUUGGGUAA